CCCUCCCUACAGCCUGCUGUGAGCUCAUCACAUUUUUAAUUAGACCGGAUCUGUCAAUUAACGGAAGUCAGCCUGCCUCUCGCUGCCCUUUAAAAGGCAGCCGACUCAGAGCUUCAGCAGGAUUCUGACAGAUGCAAACAAGAUCAACAGAAGAUGACAUCCAUUACAUUUAGCUGUGUUAUUCUGCUAAUUUGUGCUGUUACUUUAAGUUCUGCUCAGUCAAGCUGUAAAGGACGAUGUGGUGCUGAGUACUACAGGGGCUACAUCUGCCAGUGUGAUUACACCUGCCUGAGUUAUGGAGAAUGCUGCAAAGACUUUGAGUCUCAAUGCACAACCAGAGACUCAUGUAAAGGUCGAUGCGGAGAGAAUUUUAGAAGAGGCCGGACGUGCAGCUGUGACACUGACUGUCAGAAGUACAAACAAUGUUGUCCUGACUACAAGAAUCACUGCGAUGCAAUAGAGGAAAUCAGUGGAGCAACAGGUGAAACAGCACCAAGGAAGACUAUUUCAUGCCAUAAUGUCAAUAAUAACAAACCAACAGAGCCAUCUAUGAAAGAUGCAACAGAUCCAGCUUCUACAUUCAAUGAGGAAGACAAUGCAGAUUUUUUGUCAGAUGAUGAACUUUUCGACUUUGAAUCUGACAACACUGAAGCCAACCCAGUCCCCGAGAGCACCAGCGGCUAUGGAUCUUCUGCAACUGAGCUGCUGGAUCAACUUUCCACUGAACCCACCCAGGAUCCAAACAUUUUUGAGGUCACUACAGAGGCAGUAACUGCAGGCUCUCAGAUGCAGAUGACUCUUGCCGUUACUGAGCCAACACAGGCAGAUGCCAGCUCAUCCACCAUUUACCCAACUAUGGAUGAAGCUUCCACUAUCAGCAUAGAUGCAGGGGAUCCCACCAGUUCAGGAACAACCCCUCCUCAGCCUACAACAGCUGCUGUCUCCAUCAAGCCUACUCCACCCUUAGAGCCCCCAAGAGGGGAUUCUCCCUACCCCAUCGACCCAGAGCCCGAAACAGAAGCUACACCUGAGGGGGAUAUUUCUUCUGAUGCACAAAACACAGAACUGACAGUAACCUCCACUGAUGGACCAGAGGUUACCACCCCACCCCAAAGCACAGCUUCCAUCCCCACUGAGGGUUCGGUAUCAACCAGCCCCACACAGGACCCCUCCACAGUCUCCACCAACCCUGUUGUCUCAUCAACACAGGACCCAACGCCCAUCCCAACAGUGGCCACUUCAGUCCCCUUAUCAGAUCUGAACAUCAAAGAAGACCCCACAUCAGAACCUCCAACUAUCCCAUCAGACCUUGAGGGUACUUCCGUCAGUGUUUCUCCUACAGACUCCUUGACAACGUCUGAGCCAACUGUCCCAACAACAAAUGUCCCAAGACCCACAGAACCAUCUCAGGAUGUUGCUACAGAGGAUGUUACACCUGGAGGAACCACAGCAGAUUCCUUAAAUGUCACCCCUGACCCAACUCAACCAACAACACCUGAAGCAACCUCAAAACCUCAGAAAAAGCCUGACUCAUACAAGCCAUUACCAGUUAAACCAGUUCUAGCUAAGCCCAGCUCUAGACCUGAGACUAGACCCCUGGAUCCUGUACAAACUCUCAAUGUAGACGAUCCCAGAGACUACCAGGCUGACGACAACAAUGAUACAAAUCUGUGCAGUGGGCGGCCAGUCAGUGGAGUCACCACGCUCAGGAAUGGCACAAUAGUGGUAUUCAGAGGACACUUUUUCUGGUUUCUGGAUAGAAACAGGGUGCCAGGUCCAGCCCGUGGCAUCACACAAGUGUGGGGCGUCCCCUCACCCAUCGACACUGUGUUCACCCGCUGCAACUGUCAGGGAAAAACUUACAUUUUCAAGGGGUCUCAGUACUGGAGAUUUGAAAAUGAUGUUUUGGACCCUGACUAUCCAAAAUACAUUGGAACAGGCUUUGAUGGCCUCCGGGGCCACAUCACAGCUGCACUGUCUGUGCCUCAGUACCAGAGGAGGAGAGAGUCCGUUUACUUCUUCAAGAGAGGGGGAAUGGUUCAGAAAUAUUCAUACCAGUUUGGCACCACUCCAAGAUGCGGCAAGAAACCAAAUUACCCCAUUUACACAGUCAGCAACCGGAUAGUCCGACAAGCAGUGUCUGCUUUGGGGCCAACCAUCAACAUACGAACAUCAUGGAGAGGUUUCCCCUCUACCAUUACAGCUGCGGUGUCCAUCCCGAGCAACAGAGAACCAGAGGGGUUCAAAUACUAUGUAUUCUCGAGAUCCAAAUCCUACAAACUGAGGAUGGAUGGAGAGCGUCCUGCCAUCGCUGCAGCCAGCUCGUCACCUCAGAGCAACAUCUUCAAAUGCCCCAAGAAAGACUGAUUAAAGGAAAAUAUGCUCUUGUAGUUUUAACGUUUAUUACAUUCUUCGUAAAACACACUGCUUCAGCAUGAACUGUUUACAAAAUAGCACUUUUUAAGCACAUAAAAAAGAAGGAAAAAAACAGGCUUCAGAGCAAGUUAACAUUUUUAAGCAUCAGGAAAAAACAAACUUGGGAUUGACAUAAUCCUGAUGACAAUGAAAAGUUGUCCACUCUUGGUUGUCAAGUUUUCAGAUUAGUGCUUCAUCUCUGGAAACGUCUUCCAUGGAAACCCCGAGAAAACCGAGAAGGAAAUCCUGUUUAAAGAAAAAUAAAAGGUUUUAAGAAGAGCACUUUCUAUACUGAUGUAAAACUUUGUACAGCGGUUGUAUAAAAUAUGUAUGAAGUUAUUUGUAUCAACAAUAAACUUGAACAUUGAUACAUAAA